AUGUUAGAAAAAUAAAAUUAAUACUUAAAUAAUGAAAUAUAGAGAUAAAAAGUACAUUUUGAUCAUGAAAAGGUUACUCUUGCGAAUGAUUUUAAGCGACAAGAGGAGGCUUUAUUAAACUAAAUUAAAUAAAUCAAGGCAAAAACUAUACAUGUAGAAGGUUAAAUUCCUUUAAUAAAGGAAGCCUUAGCCCAAGUAAGGGACAUGCUUUCAGGAUUAGUACCCGAAAAUGUAUACUUAAGGCUUAGAGAUUUACCAGAAAAGGACUUACCUACUAAUGAAUGGAUUUUAGUGAAUGUAUGGGAAUUAUUAUACCCUUUUAAAAAAGAAAACGAUUUAUAGAAAAAAGAAAUAUAAAGACUAAGAGAUGAAUUAAGAAAAAAUGGAGAUAAAUAAAAUUAAUUAUUAGGAGAAUUAGAACAUUCUACAAGAAUGUUAAACGAUAAAGAAGAAGAUCAUAAAAGGCAUUUAUUAAAUUACGAAAAUUCAAGAAAAGCACUUGAAAUGGAACUUCUUAAAAUGUAAGAAGAAUUAGAUAUAUUGAGAGAAAAAGGAUCUGCAUAUGAUGAAUUAAAUAGAAAAUAUAAAUAAAUAGAAUAAGAAAAAUUCCUUUUGGAAGAAAAAAUAGGGUUCUAUAAUGCUGAUUAAGAUGGAAAAAAUUUACUUUCUGAUGUAUAUAAAGUAACUGAUGAUUUAAGGCGAAAAAACGAGCUUUUAAUAUAAGACAAAGAUUAUUUAACUAAAGAAAAUAUAUAAUUAAUUGAAAAAAAUAAAAGAUGUGAAGACCGAAUUGAUAGAUUAUAAAAAGAAUACUAAGAAGCCAAAGAUUAGGCCGCAGAGUAUUUAUUUUAACUGUUAAAUCACCGAAAUACCGCUAAUGUCGAUUUCGAGAAAAGAAUACACAAAGAAAUAGGAGAAUUAAGAGAAAGACAUGCUUUCGAACUUGAAAGUACCAAAAAUAAUCUCAUUGAUAUUUACGAAAAGCAGCUUAGAUUCCUUAAAGAUACUAAAGAAGAACUAGAAAUAAAAUGCGAAAGCUUAUAAGGACAAUUAAGGGAAAAAUAAUCCUCCUAUGAGUCCAUUUUAAUUGAAAAUAGAGUUCUUUAAAAACGCGUUGAAGCAGAUUUAGGUGAAAUAAGAAUUUAAUUAAGAUUAAAAAGUGAAGAAUAUGAACGUAUAUCUAAUCUUUAUGAGGAAAACUUAGCAGGAAUGAAGGCUUUGAAAUUAGAAAACGAAAUGCUUAGGGAAAAAACUAAUGUAUUAAGAGCCGAGUACUAUAAAGCGGAAAAUUCAGCAAAAGAAAAUCAAGCAUAAAUUAAAGCUGAAUUAGCUGUAUGUAAAGAAUAACUAAGAAAUUAUGAGUCUAUAGAAAAGGAAAUAGAUGAAGCAGUUAUGGGAUUAGGUAGUUCUAAUCCUUAUGACGAGGAAAAUGUUUAUAUUUAAACUUUAAAUAGUGCACCUACUAGUAAUAAAAGAAGAAUAAAAUAAGCUAUAAGUCUAGCUUAAAGACUUUAAAGUAAAUAGAAAGAAAAUGAAGGUUUAAUUAAAUAAAUAAAAUGUUUAAAAGAUGAUUUAGAAAAAACUUAAGAUGAAUUAAGAGUUGCUAAAGAUUUAAUUGAUAGAUCUUCUUAACCCUAUUCGUUUGUUAUCUCUUAAAUAGAAGAAAAAGAAAAAGAAAUAUUUUCAUAUAAAUAAGCUUUAAAAAAAUCUGAUUAAGAUUAUUAAAAUAUAAAAGAGGAAUAUAAUUUACUUAAAGAAUAAUAUUAUAGAGUGGAAGGAGAUGUUAAAAAACUACUCAUUAGAAGGGAAAACAUAUAAAACAUUUAAAGUUUACUUAUUAAAUUAGCACAGGCUGAUAGAGAAAAUAUAUAAAGUAAUGUAAAAGAUGUUCUUAUUUAAAUUUAAGAAAUUCUUUCUAGUAAAGGUAAUAUAGACCCUGUUAAUUAUAAAUUAAAUGGUUCAGGUUAAAAAAGUCAUAAUAAUUCGUUUAAUAAUGCUGUUUAUUAAUAAUAAAAUAAUUUAGUUCCUUAAUGGGCUCAAAAAUUAAAAAAUACAUUAAAAAAAUGA